GAGGUUUGUUGUGCAUUGUGCAUACCUUGUGCAUUGACCUUUCUACUGCAAAUACCGCUAACUUAAGUGUUCAGUUUAUUGAGUAAACCAAAAACAGUGAAGUGGUCUGUAAUAACUAGGCGAAGUAGUCAAAUCAAUUCGAUUUAUCAAGUGGCAAUGUCUGACCAUAAUUUUAAAAGUUUGGAAGAAACUCUGGACAAGCACAUCCCUCCGGAGGAGCUGCGCGAGGUCAAACGGCUGCUAUACGGAAGAGCCGAUGACCAACCCAUAACAUUCACCGAAGAGGCUAACUCGCUGGCCAAGGAAGUUGGUGUCGACCUGAAGGGGUACAUUUUCACUGCCCGUAAGGAAGAUCUGCGCCGCCCGCGGGUGGUACGGGUCGGUUUGAUUCAGAACUCAGUAGACAUUCCAACGACCGCUCCGAUACACGUCCAGCGUGAUGCACUGCACGAAAAGGUUUCCAACAUCCUGAAAGUGGCCGCUGCCGCCGGAGUCAACAUUAUCUGCUUCCAGGAAGCCUGGACAAUGCCAUUUGCAUUCUGCACACGCGAGAAGUUUCCCUGGUGCGAGUUCGCCGAAGAUGCAGAGAACGGCCCGACUACCAAGCUGAUGAAAGAGCUGGCGAAGCAGUACAACAUGGUGAUCGUGUCACCGAUCCUCGAGCGUGAUGUGAACCACAACGAAACGAUCUGGAACACAGCGGUCGUCAUCUCGAACAACGGUAACUACAUAGGCAAGCACCGGAAGAACCACAUACCUCGCGUGGGAGAUUUCAACGAAUCCACGUACUACUUCGAGGGAAACACCGGUCACCCGGUGUUCGAAACCCAGUUCGGUCGUAUUGCCAUUAACAUUUGUUACGGUCGCCAUCACCCGCAAAAUUGGCUGAUGUUCGGACUGAACGGAGCGGAGAUCGUUUUUAACCCGUCGGCAACGAUUGGCGAACUCAGCGAACCACUGUGGAGCAUCGAGGCGCGGAACGCCGCCAUUGCCAACAGCUAUUUCACGGUCGCCAUCAAUCGCGUCGGCACCGAAGUGUUCCCGAACGAGUUCACCUCGGCGAACGGUUUGCCGGCCCACAAGGACUUCGGACCGUUCUACGGUUCGUCAUACAUUGCCGCACCGGAUGGAACCCGCACGCCGGCGUUGUCGCGCGACAAAGACGGCCUACUGGUUGCGGAAAUGGAUCUCAACCUCUGUCGACAGGUGAAGGAUUUCUGGGGCUUUCAGAUGACCCAGCGGUUGCCGCUGUACGCCGACAGCUUGGCGCAGGCCAUCAAACCGGAUUACAAACCACAAAUCGUUAAAGAAAAUCAAUGAUAAAUUGGGAAGCAUUUCGAUCGGUAUUGAUGCAAUAAACCUCGUAAAUACUGUUGUUUU